AUGUCUACAGGGUAUACCUCAUUUGAAAAUCCUGUACGAGUUGUGCAGUUACACAGUGAAGGUUAUAAAACUGGCAAAAUUAGUAAGAAAAUUGGUGUAAACCAGCGAACUGUGCAGCGCAUUUUGAAAAAAUACCACGACAAUGGAGACCAGGAAGUACCUCGUGCUUCUACAAGUUCUGGGAGGCCACGUAUCAUUAGUAACAGGGGUUUAAGAGUGCUGGGCAGGGAUAUUGAAGUCAAUCCGACCCUUACUGCCAGAGAACUUAAGGUUGCAAAUCCAGAUAUAGUGGCAGGAGCUUCUGUUACGACCAUACAGCGGCGCUUGAGCAAGGACUUGAAAUAUUCAAAAUUAGAGAGGGACAGAGUAAGAAGGGCUGCAUCUAAGGGUGUAAGUAGUACAAGGCCUAUUGAGCCUUUGUCUGAUUCUAUUUUGUCUGUUCAUCAUGAUAUUGAUUCUCCCUCUGUAUCAGGGCCUUCUCAGGUAACUAACCCUUCAGAUUUGGCUUCAGAGAUCGCUGAUCUGAAGGCUACCCUUCAAAGGAUGCAAUCCAAAAUGGCGGCUUUGGAAGGUAGAGAGGCAGAAAGGUCUCUUUGCCCUGUGAGAGCACUUAAAUUCUACCUAGAUAAGAAGAAGCAGAUGGGAGGCUCUACACAAGGUCUUUGGUGUUCCGUUAAAGAUCCAGCAAGACCUAUGUCUAAGAAUGCUUUGGCCUUCUUUGUUAGAAGCGUCAUUACAGAUGCACAUAAGAUCUGCCCUGAUGACUCUUUUAAACUUUUAAGAGUAAGAGCUCAUGAGGAAAUAUAUGACGCAUAUUUUUGGUUCUUCAGGCGAUGUGAAGAAUAUUUUCUAUGCAAAUACCUUCCUCCAGAUGGAGUAGAAAGUGUUGGGGAACACAUAAGACUAGAAAUAUCUAUAUAUUUAGAACAGUUUCCAGAGCAUGAGAGACAUAUUAGAAACCUGAUUUUUAAUUAUCUACUUAACCGUGAAACUUGCAUUAGUGGUUGUAAUAAUAUGGAUGAAAUUGAUCUUAUGGAAAUUGGUAGUUAUACAGAGCUUCCUGGUGGCAAUAUUGUGUUGCCAGGUGGUUACAGCAGUAUUCUUGGUCCACUGACGAAAGAUAUCCCCGAAUCGCAGCUGCUGAAAGGUCAUGCAGUUGAGUGUGUGAGGUGGAGAGUGGGAUUAGAGGGUACAAGUACUGUUGAUUCUGGACUAGGGCAGGACCUAUUGAAUAAACCAGAGGAUAAUUCAGAUGGGCUUCUUGGUGAAUGCAAAAGUGGUUCAACAUCAUUAGCAACUUCUCCAUCAAGGAGGUGGAGACCUAAAGUAGAGGUGGUUUGCCAAAAUGGGAAGAAAUUUUACGCAGACCAUGUGAUUUGCACAGUUCCUCUUGGUGUUUUGAAAGAAAAUGGAAAGACAAUGUUUGAUCCACCUCUGCCAGAAUACAAGAUGGACUCCAUUAAUAGACUUUGCUUUGGUGUAGUGAACAAAAUAUAUUUAGAAUAUGAGCGCCCAUUUUUAAAUCCAAAUUUAACUGAAGUGUUGUUGUUAUGGGAUCCUAUAGACCCUAAAGAACCUGUCAGUGAACGAUGGUUCAAGAAGAUUUACUCUUUUACAAAGGUGUCAGAAACUCUAUUAUUGGGAUGGAUAUCAGGAGAUGAAGCUAAGUAUAUGGAAACUCUUCCUUUUGACCAAGUCUCUGAAAAGUGUACUGAAGUUCUACGACAGUUUUUGAAUGACCCCUUUAUACCAAAGCCCAAAAGGUGUAUCAACACAACCUGGUGGUCACAGCCUUUUACUAAAGGUUCAUAUACAGCAGUUGGUGUGGGGGCCUCACAGGUGGACAUCACCAACAUUUCUCACCCCCUUUAUAUGCAUCCCACUUCAAGCAAACCAGCUGUGUUAUUUGCAGGUGAGCACUGUCACCCAAGCUUUUAUUCAACUGUUCAUGGCGCAUAUCUCUCGGGGAGAGAAGCUGCACAAAUACUGUGUGUACCAGACACGCCACCAGAAGUUGUCUUAGAUGUUGAAGGUACAGCUGAUCUUUCGUCGUGGGUGCAAGGUUAUUGAAGAUGCCUGUUAAUGUAUUCCUACUUGAUCAUUUAGAUUGUUGGUCUUUUGCUAUGCAAGGGUACAGACAGUUUGUUGACAGUCUUCUCUUAUUUGGACCGAGUGUAAGACCAAGUAAGUGUUUUUCAAAUGAAUGUAUUUCAUGUAGGUUAAGUUUUUAUUUUUUUUGGAAGUCCUCUCUCUCAAUGGUAUUGGUGCACUGCAUCCAUAUGGUAUGUAUAGUACUCACUUGCUCAUUUGUAUGUCAGCCAGCUUCUUGCUUAUUAUUUAUCAUCAAAACUGCACUACAUCACAGCUAUCAUUGUGAGUAUUGAUACAGAAUUAUACAUUUUUCCUUCCUGAAUUUAGUAUGUGAGUCUAAUACAUUUAUUUAUUUUGAAUGUGUAGGAAAUUGCAGCUUUGUUUUAUCCAGUUGUUGCCUUGGUAUCACUUCUUUUGAAAAAGAAAUCCAUAGAUUUUGAUCAUAAAGAUUGUAUGAAUACAGAGAACAGUUGUUAAUGGACUGUUUAGUGACUGCAGGAAUGCAAGCUCUAGUAUUGCUCUGGGUAGUACUAUAUGGGGUUCAGUGUUAUAUUUUGUACACAUGGUUAUGCCCAUAAAACAAGCUGUUUGCUUGUGCAGAAGUUGCUACAUUGUUUGUAUUGAUUGCAUCUCCUGAUUUGUUUAAGGCCUGUGGUUGCAGAUUUGCUUAACAUUUUUUUAGCUAAUAUUAGGGCUAGGUGUAAAUAAUGGGGAAAAGAAACUGAAUCUUAAAACUUAGAAUAUGAUUUAGUCACACCAAUCUUUUCACUGAGAAAAAAAACUCAGAAUAUGAUUGUUAGUCACACCAAUCUUUUCAUUAACAGUGCAACUCAUUGAAAAUUCUGGAUAUCAUUCUUGACAGCACAUUCUCUUUUGUUUGUUUGUUUGUAUGGUGUUUUUACAUUGCAUGGAACCAGUGGUUAUUCAGCAACAGGACCAACGGCUUUACGUGACUUCCGAACCAAGUCGAGAGUGAACUUCUGUCACCAGAAAUACACAUCUCUAACCCUUCCGUGGAAUGCCUGAGAAUCAAACUUGUGGCCACCGAGGUGGCAGGCCAACACCAUACCAACCACGCCGUUGAGGCGCUUCAUUUCUCUUUUGAGAAACUUGUCCAGUCUAUUUCUUCUUCAGCUGCACAAAAAAUUGUAAGAGUAAUAUAUAGUCUUUCAAGGUCUUUGAAGACCUGUCUAAUUGUAAGAAAUGUUUUAUUGUAUUCCGCCAUGUUUUGAAACUUGAUCUCUGGUUUGGUCCACAGCAGCUAAUUUGAAUCUUAAAUGGUUUGAUAAAAAUAAGACUUUCAUUUAAUAUCUUAUUCUAGGAUUAAUAGUAAUGUAAGGAUGAGAAAUGAAAGUCAGAAAGUAAUCCAGCUGGAGGCAAUAGGGAUACUGCAGUAAUACCUUUGUUACUCAGUAGUGUGCCAUGCAAGGCAUACUUCAAGUGAUAACCUCCUACAAGGGGUGCGGCAGUGGCCCAGCUUUAUUUAGUACUGGUCUGGCUGGAGAAAAAUAUUGGGUAAGGACAUCUUUCCAUUUGCCAGAACAUUGGUCAUAUUAUUCAUUACAGAAUGAGUUGGCACCAAUAUACCUGUGCUAGGUAGACAGGUGAAGUUUGGUUCAGGCAUAAGGUUCAUUAUCCAUACUUUUAGCAGAUUAAUUGGUAGCUAAUUCUGCAAAGAUAGAUCUCGACUGCCAUCCAAUGUUAUUAAAUAUGUCUACCAAAGUUUGCUUUCCCGAGUUAUUUCUUCACUGAACACCAGGUGAGCAAGUCAGCCAUACUUGAGCAUGUGAAGCUGAUGCAUCCAGUUACUGAUGGAUGUCAGUAUGCAAGGCCCAGAAUUCCAGAAUGAACAAAGGAUCUGUUUAUUACUUUAUGUGCAUCUCUCUCUCUCUCUUUUCUGCGUAUUUUACUAAAGUGACUGCCCCCUGUAAUGUACAAGGUUGUUCAUGUUAGCAACAGAGCCUAAGACUUUACACUUCCAGUGGUAAGACCUACCAAAGCGAAGUCAAGAGAGGUCAUGAACCCAUUAACUACAUAAAUGAUUUUGACAAUGUUCCCUUGUUGCAUGAUAUAGUGCUCAUCCCAGAUGGAGGGUGCAGCAUUACAAUUCAAGGGUUUCAGUGAUAGAACACUGAACAAUGAUAAAGAGCUUAAUUUAUCAAACCAUAGCUUGUAAGAGUACCUCCAGGGAUAAUAUAUUUAGGAUUAGUACAAGCAUCAAGUGACCUCCUUCCAAAACAAGCACAGAAAAGAUGGGGAAUGAAUCUUCCACAGUUUAGGUGACAAUCAUGUUUAUAAUUUAUUAUUAUUAUUUUAGUUUUACAAGACCACUGGAGUAAUACUUCUAUCACAGGUUAGUAUAAGGUGAUGGAUGCCUUCUACAUUGUCAAAAUUUAUUUAUAUUACUGGCCCUUGCCACUUCAUGCUUUGACCAAAGUGGACUAAAGAUAUUUCUUCUCCUUAAACUAUUGUAUAGAAGUACAAUUAAGAAAAGAAAUUCCAUCAAACAUCUACUGAAGUUAUCUGAGAGACUCAGUACUGGCUUAGUGUAACCUUUAGGACAGGAGGGUAUAAUACCCAGGGUAAUUUAAGUCAGUGGUAAAUUACCCACGUCCUGGAAAAAGUUAUCUGACUGUAGUGCAGUUGGGACCCGUGAGGCAUAGAGGGUAACCAAGUUUUGUCAAGGCUUUAGAAUUUUGUCAGCGUUACCAACAACCUUGUUAAAGCCAACCUAAGCAGUAUGCAUACCUACUUUAUCAGCGGCAUAUAAUUUCUCUUGGUUUAUUUGAAAGUUUCUUCAUUGUGUCAUAACUACUUACUGCACAGAUGGUAAUGUGAAGUACAGAUUUUCCUAGUACGUAUUGUAUCUUGAUAAUGCAAGGUACGGGUCUUUCUAAUACCUAGUGUAUCAUUUUAUAAGGCUUUUUCUCCUGUUGCAGGGCUUUCAGGUUUUGUCAUGUAGCACUAGGGGCACAGGAGCAGGAGGCUGUGGUUUGUGGGCAACACAUGGAGUCAGUGAAAUAAUUGAUGUUGAAUUUAAAUUGUGUUGCAUGUAAUUAUUCGUUGAAUAAGGUCAUCUUUCCUGGCAGGGUUAUGCUUUUGGUUCAGUGUCCUAUUUCUGAAGCUGUUGUGCUCUAGAUGACACCAUUAAUGUGAGGAGAAUGGCACAGGUUGAUUGAGAACUACCGUCUACAAUCUUUAACUUCUUAUAUUAUUAUGAAUACAUGUAUAUGGAAAUAAAUGCUUAUGUAAUCUCCUAGAUGAAAGAUUCAGUACUAGCAAACUAUGAACAGACUUUCUGGCACUGGCUUCAGAAACCUUUUCAUGUGCCUGCAGGUCGACUAUCACUAAUCUGGCAUCCUGGGGACUUGAGAGUUCUGGAAUAGUGGUUUUCUUAGAUUACAGACUGGUUAGGUUAGAAUACACUUCACUCAAAAGUUAACUACCUCAUCCUACUAGUAAAAUACCUGUAAAUCAGUACAAGUUGGUUAAUAGGAAAAUACAAGUUGGUUAAUAGGAAAACAGAAAUAUCAAAUGAAAAAGUGAAAUUUUAAUGAAGCACGGGCAAAUGGUACAGGUAAUUCUGGUGACUAACAUUCAUCACUGCUAUUUCCAAAGUGAAGAGUUGCAAUUUGCAACAAAUGACCAUUUACUUGUCUUGAGAUGAACAACUAUUGGGAUUCCUAUCAUCUAAAUCAUGGAAUUUUUUCUGUAUUAUAUGCUAUUAUCAUCUAUAUUUUUUGCUGUCUUUUCUCAUCUUUUAUUUAAAUUGCGAACACAAGGUCAUCUGCUGCUGAUGGGGAACUUCCUACAUCUUGUUUUCUUUUGCAUUGUGAUGCUAAUGAUAUUCUUACUUAUAUUUUAUGCUGUUCUCUUUUAUUUAGUGAUACCCCAAUACUCGUUCAUUGGUUCCAGGAGGCACAACAAGUGCCAAAAAGGACAAGUACCAAAUGAAUUUCCCAUAAAGAAUGAAGUUUAUUAAUUUUUACCAUACCACCCCAGCCAAUGUCAUUUUAAAAAGGUAUUUUUGCCAUAUCUGGUCCCACUGAAUGUGAAAAUUCAUGUUUACUGCAUAUACAGUACUCUGUACUAUUGUGCAGCCUUCCAAAUUAACUUUUAAUAAAAUUUUAGGCAUACAUAUCAUGCCUGUGGUGACUGGAGCUACAUAAUGUGUGAGAACAGUUCUGCCCCAGUUAGGCUGUCAAAUGUUACACCAAUAGUAGUCGGUUAAAAAAGUCAAAGUGAACACGUAUUUAAAGGAAUGUUGAUUUAAAUAAAACUAAUGUUUUACUUUAUGUAUUUAUAUAUAUUGUAUUUAUCAUGAUGUUAUUGUAUUAUAAAACAUGGACAGUGCACUUCUGCACCGUUUUCAUUCUGAUGACAUUCACAUUCUCAAAAACAUCAGGUGAAUGUGCUUUACCGAAUUACUUUUUAUAUCAGAGCUGGGUUAAAAAAGCAUCUUAUCCCAUUUAUAAUUGGAGUACAUUUUCAAAUCAAGUAAAUACUAUGUGAUUUCUUGCUCAUUCCAAAAUCUUUUGUAUGGCAUUUUUUUGUUUUCAGCCAUAGCUUAAAUACUGUGCCAUCUUAUCUUAAAACCUUCUCCAUUGUGUUGAAGAUUUAUAAAAAUCUUUAUUUUUACCAAUGGAAGUCAGCACUGACAAUUGCCAAAUUUUUAAGUUCGUGUGAUGCAACUUCAUAAACGUAUGGUAGUUACGAUAACCAAUAUCGGCAAACUGUUGUUUCUUGAUUUGAUUCGUCAGUGCUUGCUGCUGUAUGGCGAGACAUAGAGUGGGUUUUAAUUACAAGAAACAGUGAUUAAUCAUUAGACAGGCCAUAAGUUUGGUAAUCUUGGUGAGAUGUAUGACAAUUUGCAUUUAAUCUACUGAAUGUUUGCUUUUAGGCGUAUUAAAUAGUCCAACGGUUGUUGUUGUUUUUGAUUAAGCUCCCCUUGUGUCAGCAUGGGCUCUUGCUCAGAGCAGCCCGUAACGUAGACCAACGGUAACUUAGAUGUAAUUUGAAUUUGCACUAGUCGAGAUUAGUUCUGGAUUAGUGAUGGGACCAGAUUAACAAUUGCUGGAUUAGUGAUGGACAACCUGUAUUAGUGAAGAGAUAUCUUCAGGCUCAAGGUGCCUUUAAUAAAGCUGGAAGCAAUGCCUGCAAAUGGCACAAGUGGAGGUACAGGGAGUCAUUAAGUAAGUAGUAUUGCCUCAUUCUGGUAUGGAAUUGUUGAUUUCAUCACUACUAGUCUAUUUAGAAUGCUACAAGUCAGGAGUCAGGUUUUGUUCCGACCCUAGGAAGUUCUCCCUGAUGAAUAGGGAAGUUGGUGAUAAAGGUAAUAAUGGAUAGAUUCUGCAAAAGCAGAUAGUUUGGUGUUAGUUUUGCAAAUCAGAAGGGUCCCUCUUGGCUUUGUCAACCCGAAUUACAUGUAUUUAAGUUAUAAGUGAUAUGCUUUCUAACACUAAGUUGCUUAGCAUUGUUAAGAGUACUGUAUCAUUUUUUUCUCGUAUGCUUUGUCAAGAUGUUAGCAUUUUGGAGAUUCACAUGGUUCAAAAGUGAUGCUACCUGGCAAGUUGGUUAACGAUAAUACGAAAGUAGAAACACUGUAACAGAAGACAAGUAAACAGUUUGACCUCUACCACCUCUUCUCAUUUGCAGGUGUUACUUAAGAUGUCAACAAGCACAGCUUAAAGGUUUGCUAAGUAGUAUGUGAAAGCUUAUAAAUAUUGUUGAGAGUAACAUUGUGCAGAACUUUGCUGCAAGGAUCCAUUCAUUCCAUUUGCCAAAAUAUUUCUGGUGAAUCGGGUUUCUUAACAAAUGCUGCAGGUAUUCCAGAAUGAUCUGUCGUCACGCAAUGGCAUCAGUGAGCAAAAAUGCGUCACUGGUACUGGACUUUGUACCCAGAAAGGCAUUAGGUAAUAAACAAUUAGCUGGUCCUCUCUUUUUCUAUGCUUUUGAAAGAUUCUCAUCAUAAGAUUACUCCCAAGUUUGGACACAUUAUUUCAAUUAUGGUAUAAAUCUCGUUGCCAAACUUUCAAAACUCCCAAUGGCAUUGCUUCUGUAGAGUACUAUUACCCUUCUUGAUUCAACUGCACUACAAAAGUUCAGGCAUUGUGCAACCAUAUUCAUAGAUAUCCCUGCCCUAGGAAUAGUCAAACAGCUAAUUAGCUAAUGAAUCUCAUAACAGGAAACAACUCUUGUCCUGUGACUAGCUUCAGCUGCUAAGUCUUAAUCUUUGUUUUUUCAUGUUUUUCCAGUAUUGAAUAUUCAUUCUACUUUGGAAAUCAAGGGAUACAAGUGAUUCUUUUAUUUACUUAAACCAUGUACUGUUUCAUAAUUGAAUGCACCUCUACCAAAACACCACAUUAAUUACACUAUUAUUUGAUCAAGAACAUGUUCCUACAGUAAUAGUAGCUUGAAUGGGCUCUUGCUUGAUUUCAUUUUUAUUUUUUAUAAUCAAAAGGCAUCCUGCAAGUUUCCAGAAAUAUAUAAUUUUAGUCAAAAGUCUCUCAGUAUUUGCUUUGUAAGUGGUCCCCCAAAACAGUUUUCUAUUGGUACUUCAUUUUGUUCUGAAAACUGUUGGAAAAACAGCAUUUGCUUUGUGAGAGGCUGUUCAAAGUUUUUCUGAAUGUAACCCCUGAGUUCUGUUGGUGCAUAAUUUUGUUUUGUUUGUUGGAAAAGGUCCAUACACUAGGAAUGUACACAUGACUGAAUCAUCUUUUAGGUUGCAAAAUUUAAUACAGCAUGACUGAAUCAUCUUCUUGCUUGGAAAAUUUAAAAAGGUGCAUUUUUGCUCUUUAGAGUGAUUUAUUCAUUGGCUAAGAAAUAAAAGUAAAUAUUUCUGUCCAUUUUCAUUAGGUUAUGUGAACAGAUAUGACUUGGUUGAUCCUUUUGAGUAGAGAAUUGUAGCUUAUGAUCAGUCACCUUUGCCAGACCUGCAUUGCAUCAUAGAUCAGGUUUACAUUACAGACCAUUUAUAGCUAAUGUUCAAUUUGAGUUCUAACUUGGUAUGGGAAAGUCUAGUUGGAAAAUAUUUGUCACUUGAAAAGCUGGUAGCUGGCAUUUAUUUCAUUUGUUGAUGCAUGAAUAAAUAAAUAAAUAUAUAUGAGAGAGAGAGAGAACCUUAGGUUAUAUUAGUUCCAAAUACCAUAGUCAUUUGAAAAGGAUUUCUUAAGCAGAGGUUUUUACUUAAAAAAUUUGCUUUGGUGAGUUUACACAUUCUUUGCCUAGUGUUCAUUUGAUAUGCAAUAUGCACAAAUUUUGAGAUCACAUUAAGGCUUUCUGUAACAGUACGUACUGUAUUGAAUGGAAUAAUUUGAAAUAUUCAAAAGUUAAGGCAAGUGCAGGAAUGUGUGUCAGUGAAAUGAGAAUUGUAAAGACAUCUUUUCUGCUGUAAUUUUUCACUGUAAUAUACUGUUAUUAAAGUACUUCACAAAU